GAUGUUUUUCCCCCCUUGUUCCUUGUCAGACAGGCGCAGCCUCCUCGUUUGAUCACCGGAGAGGCGCUCAGACACGGAGCAGGAAUGGCUGCCUGGCACCAGGAGUGGUCAGGAAGGGGGAACAGCCCGUCCAGUGCAGAACCGGGUCAGGGCACAGGGUGCUCACUCAGGAAGUCCUCUUGAUUAGCUCUGUUCUCCUGGAGCAGCUGCAACAUUCUCAGAUUGAACAAGGGGUUAGGACUUGGAUGGGAAAGGUAAUGGAAUUUGGCUGUUAUUUGUGGCUCUAAUUAAGUUCCAAUUUCUGAACAUUGUUUUUGAGGAACUUGAUCUCAUUCAGAAUCAGGAAACAGCCAAUUGACCCAGCAAGACCCACAUCACCAAGACACCAGGCUUUGGAUGUUUUGUCUUGUGUGAAUAUUAUGCCAUUAUGGUUUUCAGGCCCCCAUGUCACUGCCUGCCUCCCCAGCUGGGAUGUGAGUCAUGUGGGCAGGAUUACUGUCAGGCAGGCCUCCCACUCUCCCCCUCCAUACCUCAUGUAGCUGCAACAGACUCACUCAGGAUGGGCAGGAAUGGGCCACCUUCUCUAGCCAGACCAUAUUAUCACAUUAUGCUUCAUGUAGGGUGACCUGCGGCAAGACUCUGAAUAGGAGGACAAAGGAGCAAAAGGCCAUACACCCGCAAAAUUGUAUUCUGUUUCUAUGUCCGGAGGGCUUUAAAGCUGGACUGCCCGGAUGGAAUUCAGAUGAAUUGCCAACCUAUUCAUGUAUGACCACCAGACCCAUGAUACAGCUUGAAACCAUCUUCUGAGGGAGAAGAAUCAAACACAGGGUUUAAGUAAUGUUACCAGUGUUAAAAGUAUUCACGUAUGUAUAUAAAGUAUUUAUAAUGCCUCAUGAUUGAUAAUCAAUAAGGGCUGUUUUACCUCUUAAUAAUGCCACCAAUGACAUCUUUGCAUUAUGCUAAUGCUGUUUAUUGCUGUUUUCUUAAUAAUAGCUAUAGGCUAGAGCUUAUACUACAUCUCAAUGGUUCAUCCAGUCUAUAAUGUUCUAUGGAUAUUAGGUUAAAGUGCUACCCAAACAGCUUUAUGAUAAAAGUGGGGAUAUUAAGGAAAUUACUUGGACAUGCUGGGAAAAGACAGAAAAUGGAUGCCAGCUAAACUACACUACAGAGUAUGUGAGAUCAUGCAACAUACAUAGCCUACCUAUUCCAAUGUUAAUGGAAUUAUUUCCCUAAAGGUUCAUAGGAAAAGUGAUUCCUUUAUCAACCUCUUCUAUGUGAACAUGUAGGCUUACCACUGUAUGCUUGAAUGUUUGCUGGAAAUAUCUCUGAGAGACUACCAGGCAGAUACAUUAUUCAUCCAUGUGUCUGAUCACGUCUACUGUGUCACGUCUAAAAAACCCUUCAAUUAAUUGCCAACUCUGAAGGGGGCGUUGGUAUCCACUAGAUGCUGCUAGCGUGUAAAUUGUGGCCAGCAACUAACAUCUCAGUCAAAAUUGGUCAAAUUGAAAGUCCUUUAGUGCAAAGACCUAAGGUCGGUUAUCGUCUUGAUCAUCGGAGUUUCUCGCUGACCGUCACCACCAUUCAGCCAGCAAUACACGUAGCCUAGUCUUUCAGCGUUGAUGUCCACGGGCCACCUUUUCGGACAUGAAAGGGUUAAUGCAAAAACAAACACUUGGCUAGAGCUCCCGAAGUGCAUAUAAACGUCGUUGUUUAGAGUAUGAAGAACUGGCUUCAGUGGAUGAUGCUGAUGCAUUGGAACUCGAGAAAACGAGGAAGACUGCGUUGUAAUAUGAGUAACUAGAUCAAACUUCCCCAUCCAGUUGAAGUUUACGAUACUGCUCAGCAUGUAGGGACUUGAAGAUGAUGUUUCAACGGUUUUCUCUGCGGUUGCAACUUUUAACUGGAACAGGAUAUGAAUGGAUAUCAUGAUGAAUUACUCAACUAACAGACACAAAUUCGACUUCAAGAAAAGUCGUCUCAUUUUGCUUCCAGACACUAUACCUUUAGUUCAUCUAAGUUCCGCUGUGUAAUGAAAGCAACUUACGUUUCGCAUGAGCUGAGGAGGUUUUGGUCGGCUCUUUCAAGUCGUGGCUUCAAAAUGAGGAAACCAAGAGUGAAUCGGAUGGUCCUGGCUAUUUGUUUGGGAUCCUUCGUCAUGGUCAUAUUUUAUUUCCAAAUUAAUCUAAAGCCAGCGGCAGCACAGGGUAGUGACCAGACCAGAACUCUGGCCAAGUCUAGGAGGAGCCCGCUGCAAACGCUCUACGACACUGACCCGAUGGAGCUGUCACCUUUGCAGGUGAUGCACCAGGGCCGGCGCGAGCUGCUGGAGGAGGCGUGUCACUCGUACACGCGCAAGCGCCGCGUGCUCAUCCCCGAGGACCUGAAGCACGUGAUCGUGGACGACCAGCAUGGUCUGCUCUACUGCUACGUGCCCAAGGUGGCGUGCACCAACUGGAAGCGCGUGCUGAUGGUGCUGACCGGUGGCGCGGGCCCCGAGCGCGAGCGGCGCCAGCCGCUCCAGAUCCCCGCGCACGAGGCCCACGUGCCGGGCAACCUGCGGACGCUCUCCGAGUACUCCACGGCCGAGAUUAACCAGCGCCUGCGCGGCUACCUCAAGUUCCUGUUCGUGCGCGAGCCCUUCGAGCGCCUGGUGUCGGCCUACCGCAACAAGUUCACGCGCAGCUACAACACGGCCUUCCACAAGCGCUACGGCACCAAGAUCGUGCGGCGGCAGCGGCCCGACGCGCGGCCUGAGGCACUGGAGCGCGGCGACGACGUCUCGUUCGGCGAGUUUGUGCGCUACCUGGUGGACCCGGCCACGCAGCGCGAGGAGCCCUUCAACGAGCACUGGGAGCGCGUGCACUCGCUCUGCCACCCAUGCCUCAUCCACUACGACGUGGUGGGCAAGUACGAGACCCUGGAGGAGGACGCCUCCUACGUGCUCAAGCUGGCCGGGGCCGACGGCGAGGUCCACUUCCCGGCCUCGGGCAAGAGCACGCGCACCACGGGAGAGCUGGCCGCCAGCUACUUCAAAGACAUCAGCCCCGUCUUCCAGCGCAAGCUGUACAACCUCUACCGCAUGGACUUCCUGCUCUUCAACUACACCAUGCCCAGCUACCUGAAGGUCAGAUGAGGACAGAGGGAAGAGAGGACUAUGGGAGGGCAGCAGGGGGGUGUGUCACAGUGUCUACAUGUCACAAACAUAUCUCUUCUGUACUGCUGUCUGAACAGAGAUCCCUUACAGAUGGAUUAAUAUAUUGGAUUUUUCACCUCGUUUUCAACUAGUUUUGAACUUGAACUUGGAGAGCAUCUACGAAUGUCAGAGAGCACUUUGUCUCCACUCCAGUGAAAAGUCUUUUUUUUGUUUUUAUCAAUUUCUAUUGAUAAAUGUAAUUUAUAGAUUUUAUAAAAGGAAGUGUUGCAAGCCAACUGAAAUAAUGCUGAUGUUGUUCUUACUGAGGACUCUUAAGGUGAGAUGAUUGUCAGAUAUGAGGGGAAAGCAUUUAUAUGAUACAGUAGAUUUGUAAAUUACCGUCAUGGGUAUGGGGACAUUUGAAUAUUGUAGUUUACCUUCUGUUUUCUCACAGUCAUUCACACAUACUUAACCAGACUGCCUGUCGCCUCCUGGACAUAUGUGGACAUAUUGCCACGUCAGACCUGAGGGACUGCCUGUACUGUGGCUUCACUCAGAGCCAAAAUAAGUUCAGGAAGCUUCCGUCCGUUUGAAGCGUCACAUGUGCCCAGUGGGGCAUGGAGCCUGAACAAGAAAGUGCCUGUAAAAAACAAAAACAAAAAAAGACUCACAGUACUUUGAUUUUGGCAACUCAGAGCUGUGCUCGCCGCGCCAGACUCAACCCCCCCCCCCCCCCGUCAUGAACCCUGUCCAACAUACUGUGAAAGUGAUAGGAGGAUGUCAGUGUCUCGCUGUGACCUUGUGGCGGUGUCGUGUGAGUGUGUCUUGGUAGAUCACCACAUAGUGCCUUCUCUCGUCUUAUCAGUGUCUCCUCCUUACAGACUCCUCACGUGCUGCUUCACGUGUUGCGGGAUAUGUUUUUUGAGGGACUUUCGGCAUUGACGUGGCAGCCAUGUUUAUUUGUUUGUUUCUGGACCCAACAUCCACACUCCACAGUACUGUAUGUGACAUUGUUGUCUUGCGAGGUAACAAUUUAUUUAUUUGUCAGAGGUUCGGACAGAGACGAGUCAGCCAAAGCUUUUUCAAAGCCGCAUGCAGACUAAAGACCUCACUCAACUGAAUUCUUCCCUCUUACACAUCAGCUGAAAUAAACUUUCAACA